UAUCACGGUAUAAAAUAUUUUAAUUAAAAUUCCAGUACAAGUCAACCAGUAUUCAUGCACCAAAUGUUAAAAACCUGUAACAAUGCUUGUCGCAAAGAAACUUUUAACGUCCCAGAUAUCAAAUAUCGUUACUUCCUUCACUAGAAACUAUAAAGUGACCAUCGUCGGUGGAGCAAGUGAGAUUGGCCAAACGGUAAGUCUGAUGCUGCGAGCCCAACCCUCAAUCACUAAGCUGAACAUCCAUGAUACCCUCAACCAGACCCCAGGAGUCAUUUUAGACUUGUCUCACAUACCUGCAGAAUCAAUACUCAAGGGCUUUUCGGGCGAAGAAACCUUAGAACGAGCGCUGAAGGAUUCAGACAUAGUCCUUGCAACCGGAGGAAGCACACGUACUCCUGGGACCUCUAAAAAAACAUGGCUCUCAAACAACACGGAAUUCAUCAAAAUGUUCUCCAGCAAAAUAGCCAAAAUAAACCCUUUUCCCUUCGUGGGAAUUCUCACAGAACCGAUAAACAUCCUCGUUCCAAUGUCAGCUGAAAUUAUGAGGAAUCACGGGGACUACGACCCAAAGAAGUUGUUCGGGAUUGCCACGAUAGAUCACCUACGAGCCCAAUCGUUGUACGCUUUGGAGAACAAUUUGAACCCUCGUAACUGCAUGGUUCCCGUAAUAGGCGGACGAUCGGGGAAGACCGCAAUUCCUUUAAUAUCACAGGCGAAGCCGGCUUGUCCAAUGAACGAGAAAACUAUACAGGAGUUUACUUCUAGAAUACGUAAAUGCGACGAGAAUAUAAUGGAUGCCAAGAAGGGUUGGUCGUCUACUUUGUCACCUGCCUACGGUGCUCUAAUGUUCACGCGAUCGGUCUUGGAAGCGCUUGAUGGCCGCCCAGCUAAAGUCGCGGCUUACAUCGAAAAUAAUGACUUUGGAACUAAUUACUUCGCGGGAAUAGUUAAUGUGAACAGUAACGGUGCUGCUGAAAUGCAGAGGUACACUGACUUGUCCAAAUUCGAAUGCCACUUACUGGAACGAAGCAUUGAGCAAAUAAGAAAAGACGUUAUCAAAGGAAAGAAGAUUCUCGAGUUAGCUUAACUUGUACGUAAUUAUUUUUACCAGUUGUGCAAUAUGAUGGUGUCUUUUUUUAAUGGAAUUUAUUAUGAAGAUAAUAAACACGCAAAUACCAAUUAAUAGAUCCAUUUAUUUACACUUAACGCGAUGUUCUUACAAUCGUAACAACCAAACGCACGUAUCACAGAGAACAAGUAAUAAAAAUUCAUUUAACAUUGACUACGAAA